AUGGAGAAAACAGGUGAGGUUAAUGUCAGCAGUAACAAAUGGCUGAGACUCGUCCGGUGGCAUCAAAAGAAGAAAGUGAACGAGGAAGGAGAAGAUGGAGCCAAAGAUGAAGGGAAAAAUAACAUCGCUCUGGAUCUGAAGUUGAAAGUUAAUUGGAGAGAGUUGGCGGUUGAUCCGGCAGAAAAGUUUUAUUAUGUCUGGCUACAGGUCAUGAUCUUCCCUAUUGUCUACAACUGGGUGAUCAUUAUUUUGAGAACAUGCUUCACGGGUAUUGCAACGAGCUACCUGCCUGUGUGGCUUACACUGGACUAUCUGUCAGACCUCAUGUAUAUUGUUGACAUGGUCAUCACUGUUCACACAGGUUACUUGGAUCAGGGUAUCCUGAUAAUAGAUCUAAAUCACCUGAAGAAGCGAUACCUGCACUCAAAACAUUUCUUGAGAGACUUGAUUUCCGUGCUGCCCACUGACUUUCUCUACUUUCUCUUUGGCAUUCAAACACCAAUGGUGAGGAUCAACCGCCUUCUGCGCAUGCCACGACUCAACGAGGCCUUGGAUCGCAUGGAGACAAGAACCUCCUACCCCAACACCUUUCGCAUCACCAAGCUCAUGAGCUACAUCUUUGUAUUGAUCCACUGGAAUGCCUGUCUCUACUUUGCACUUUCCAACUACAUUGGUUUCGGAAGUGACCGUUGGGUCUACCCAAACAUCUCCAAUCCAGAGUUUGCCUCCAUGCGCCGUCAAUACUUUUACUGCUUUUGGUUUUCUGCCCAGAUUUUCACCACAGUAGGAGACACCCCCCUGCCAAAAAGGGAAGAGGAGUACUUGUUUAUGAUUGCAGACCUGCUCAUUGCUGUGCUGGUAUUUGCAUCCAUUGUUGGUAACGUUGGUAAUGUCAUCUCAAGCCUAAGAGACCGUGAUAAUGUAUUUUUCCCCAACCAUGAGCUGGUGAAGGCAUACCUACGUAGCCAUCACAUUAGCAAGGAACUUCGUCAGCGUAUCGACAACUGGUACCAGCAUCUGCACAUCAACAAGAAGAUCAUGCGAGAGAAUGAAAUCCUGCAGCAGCUGCCUGUGCACCUGAGGACAGAGAUCGCUGUCAGCGUUCACCUCUCCACGCUUUCCAAAGUCACCAUCUUCAAGAGUUGUGAGAAAAGUCUGCUGGAGGAGCUGGUGCUUAAGCUAACACCACAGGUGUUCAGUCCAGGAGAAUAUGUCUGCAGAAAAGGAGAUGUGGGCCAUGAGAUGUACAUCAUCAGAGAGGGAAAACUUGCAGUUGUAGCAGAUGAUGGGGUCACCGAGUUCGCUGUGCUGACUGAAGGAAAUUUUUUCGGAGAAAUUAGUAUCCUCAACAUCAAAGGUAACAAGUCAGGAAACCGUCGUACUGCCAACAUCCGAAGCAUCGGCUACUCUGACCUGUUUAGCUUGUCUAAAGAAGAUCUAACUGAGGUGUUAUCUGAGUUCCCUGCUGCCAAACAUCACUUGGAGGAGAAAGGAAGACAGAUCCUCACCAAGAUGGGCAUGUUGGAGGAGAGUGGGGAGGGAGAGCAGCAGGAGGAAGAGAAAGUGGAAACCAAGAUAAAAAGGCUUGAGAGCAUCUUGGAGGUGUUGCAAACCAAACUAGCUAGACUGAUGAUGGAACUAGAGUCGAGCAGCCACAAGAUGCAGGCCAGGGUUGAGCAGUUGGAGAGGGAGGUGGCAGUGCUGGAGACUCAGCUGCCAGAAGAUGGGGAAGAGGCAGAAAUAGCAGAGGGAAGAGGUGAAGGGGUGGGAGAGGAGGUUGAGUGGGAGCGAGAAGACGCAGAAGGUGAGGAAGAGGAGGGUUCAGAUCCAAAGGUGAAAAAGCAGCAACAGACAGAAGAUAAUAAUGAUGUGACCAAGGAGGGAGACAGAGAGAGCACGAAAAGCACAAAAGAAAAUGUAGAGAGGCCUGUUGAGGGAAAUAAAUCUGGGCUGAAGGACCCAGAUGACAAGGAAAAGAAAAAACACAAUGAUGGAGACAAAACCAGAGAAAAAGGAGAUGAUAGACCUGGGAAAGGAGAUGGAGCUGAGAUCAGACCUGAAGAGGAGCAAGAGGAUAAAAGCAGAGAAGGAGAAUCUGUAGUGGGUAGAGAAAAGACUGGCGAAGAAAAAAGAGGAAAGGGGUCGAAAGAUGAAGAGUAGAACAAAUUAAUCUAAAAUCAAAACAACUGAAAAGGAGAAUGAAGUGUAAAUAUUUAUUGUUGUUCGAUUUCUAUGAAUACAAAUGUUGAAAACCUCAACAUAUGUUUGCAGUAUAACCUGUACCCAUAGGUGGCAUCAUUGUACCCUAGUGCAGAGAAACUGUACUAGAUUGGAAUCAAAGACGAGAGAUGAUAUCAGUAUAAUACAUUUAUCCAUACAUGUAGGAGAUGUACACAAACAUUCAAAAGGUCUUUUAACGCAUCUUUCUCUGAGGUAAAUCAAUCUGCACGCAACAAAACUAUUUCACAAAUCUCCUCCACAGUCACAUUCCUGAGCAAAGGCCUAAUCCUUGAGUCAGAUGAUGUCACAUUUACUCUCGAGAACACACAACUAAAGGUGCAUCAGUAUAGUAUUCACUCUAUCUCUCCUCCUUGGGUUGGAUGGUCGGUUUGGUUAGAUUUGGGUUGUUUAGGUAUUUGGUUUAGUUAAAUCUCAAUAUGGUCACACAUCCAUAAACAACAAACUUUACUGAUAAACAAAGUACAUAUUACUUAAUGAUUUAAUUUACUUAAUUCACUGUCAUGGACUACACCACGACAGUGUAACAUUUGAAUCUUUUAAUAAAAUCCCGGCCUGUAUUAGAUUUUGAGGAUGGAUAAAUGGAUGUGAAGGGCAAGGAUGAAUAUAAAUGAAGGACGUCUCUGUCAGGCUGGGGAGGAUAUGCGAUGAACUAGGGCCUAGUUACUAGGCAGAUGGAGACUCUUGUAGGGGUUUCCAUCUCAAGCUCUUUUUUCCACCCAACUGGUGUCGGACCCCCCAGGACCUAGGUAGAGCAUGUGAGAAAUAUGCGCCAGAUUUAGUUGGAAGGGAUGCAAGUAGGGAUGGGGAUGUAGGUAGGGGAGGAUGAAGGGAUGUAGGUAUUGAUUAGGAUGUAGUAGGAGAGGCGGAAGGUAUGAAUGGAAGGGUGGGUGGGUUUGAGAGAUCUGAGGCAAACGGAGCAGGAUGGGUUGACUAGUAUAAGAAAGGUAGAUGGGAAAUUAGAGGAGUGUUCAAGGCGCGGUCCCCCUCCCGAGCCUAAGUUAAAUUAUUAACUUCAUAUAAAUUAAAUGUUUUACUUUAUAAUGUCACAUGUGGUCUCCAUGUGUGUCGUCUGGAACAACAAAGAGAGAAAGGAAAGACCUGCUGAUAUCAGAAAGUCUUGAAGAUAUGAUGUGGAAUACAUUUUUAUUUGCUGAAUAUCUCUUUUGGUUAUUUUCUUAAUGCACACAGAUCCAGUUCCUUAAUGUCUCACGUGACACUGUGAUCUGCGUGAGAAAAAACGAAAGAAGACUUUCUUGCCUACAUGUGUAUUCAAUUUACCAGAAUCCACAGAUUUUUGAGGAAAAUCUUUUCUCAAAAGGAUGCUGAGAAACUAGUCCAUGCUUUCUUUACCUACACUUGACGUUGUGAUUCUUUAUCACCAAUAUACUCCAGGGAAUCUGUGAAAAGCCUCCAGUUGGUCUAAAAUUCUGUAGCAGAGUGCUGACAGCAACUAGAAUAACAGCCAAUUUUACUCCAAGCUUCUGCAGUGGCUACCUGUAAAAGUCAGCAUAGAAUUCAACAUCCUGCUCCUUACUUACAAGCCCUUAACAAUCAAGCCCUUCAUACAUUAAAGAGCUCAUAGCAUCAUAUUGUCCCAAUAGAUCACUUUGUUCCCUAAAUACUCUUAUGGCUCAGUCUGUAAGAGUAGAAUGGGAGGUAGAGCCUUUAGCUGUAGGCUCCUCUCGGAAGGCUGACACCAUCUCUACAUUUAAGGUUAGACCUAAACUGUUCCUGUUAGAUAAAGCUUAUAGAAAACAUCAGAAAACAGUUUUUAAUCAUUGUGUGUCCCCUGCUAUACUGUUUGUUGUACUUACCAUGUUUUAACCUCUGUAAUUCUGUAGGCCCAAGUAAUGGAAUGCAAAUUUGAACUGGAAACAUAAAACACGGAAUUCUGA